AUGGAGUCCCUUUCCGACACCAUCUGGGAUGUUGUCAUCUGCGGCACGGGGCUGCAACAAUCCCUCCUUGCGCUAGCCCUUUCCCGCUCCAACAAGAACAUUCUGCACAUCGACCCGAACCAGUACUAUGGCGGGUCCGAGGCCGCGCUGAGCGUAGCCGAGGCCGACGCAUGGGCCGCGGCUCGUCCGGAAGCGUCGGCCGCGCGACCGACCGCCGCCAUAGACGGUGCUGUUCAACUGGGACCGCUGUCGGCAUACUCGGUCGCCUUGGCACCGCAGUUUCUGCACGCGCGGUCGACCCUGGUCGAGCUGCUUGUGUCGUCGCGGGCAUUUCGGCAGCUCGAGUUCCUCGCUGUAUCGUCGUUUUUUGUCCUCGAGUCGUCGUCGUCGUCGUCUUCGUCGUCCGGCCCCGCGAAUCCGUCCCUCGCCCGCAUCCCCGCUACGCGCGAAGACGUCUUUGCCAGCACCGCCAUGCCGGCCCGGGCCAAGCGCCAGCUCAUGAAGUUUCUCAAGUUUGUGCUGGCCUUUGAUGGCACGGACACCGGCGACGACAAGGGAGACGGAGACAGCGCGUGGCAGAGCCACGCGUCCGAACCGCUCGGCGCAUUCUUGCAGACGUCGUUUGGUCUGGACGAUCGGCUGCGGGACAACGUGCUCGCUCUGACGCUGUCGCUGGACGGUGCGGCCGUGACGGUGGCACAUGGGCUGGCCCGGCUGCACCGGCACAUCACAUCGAUGGGUCUGUUCGGGCCCGGGUUCGCGGCCGUGUAUCCCAAGUGGGGCGGAUGCGGCGAGAUCGUGCAGGUGGCGUGCCGUGCGGCGGCCGUGGGCGGCGGUAUCUACAUGCUGGGCAGCGGCAUCAAAUCCGUGAGCGUCACUGCGCCCGUAGAGGGAGACACACAACAGGACCAGCUCUUGGAGCUGGAGCUGACGCGUGAUAUGACUGUUAAGACCAAGCUGCUCGUGCGUGGAAGUGAAGCGAUUGGUGGGCCGUCAUCCGAGGAUGUGCCAGCGUCGACCAGCAAGCAGAGUGGACAGCACCUCAGCCGGCUCAUUGCCGUGAUUGGUGCCCCGUUGCCGUUCCUGUUUGCACCGACAGUCGAGGGCGCGCCCGUGGCCGGCGGCGCGGUGAUAGCGUUGCCGGCUGGCCGUCCGGUUUUGGCCGAUGGGGCAGCGUCCGAGCACCCGGUCUUUGUGAUGGCACACUCCAGCGACACAGGAGAGUGCCCAGUUGGUCAGAGUGUCUUGCACUUCACAACCAUCCGUACCGAGGGUAGCAAGGCCGUUUUGGAGAGCGCGCUGACGACGCUACUUGUUGCCUUCGCAAAGGAGACGAGCAGUGAUGCAGAGGGUAGAGCCAAUGAUGAGAGUCCUUCGAUCCCUGUCCUAUACAGUUUGUAUUACGAACAGCCAAGGGGCGAGGAAGCGAGAGCCCCGGAUGCCGAGCCAGAGCCAGAGCCACAGCCAGAACCAGAGACCCCUUUGGGCGUCUUCCGCUUCCCGCCGCUACCCGUCGACCUAAUGGUGCAGGACGCGCCCCUGGAGGUGGUCCGCGAGGCGUGGCGGCGGGUGAUGGGCCCCGAGGAAGACGACGCUGCGUAUAUGGCGUUUGUGGACCGAGAAGGCAACGACGCUGACGACAUGGAGUACGAUUGA